GGAGGCUGCUGGUGCUGAGGACAGACCCCCCCCCCCCACACACACACACACACGCACACACACACACGCGCGCGCUGCAAAAAACCUGAGUGUGGAAGUCGGGUGAUUUUUUUUUUUGAAAACGCAAAGGGGGGACCCCUCGAGCGAAGGACCGCGGGCACUUGGAUAUAAGGAAGACCACCUCACGUCUUUUUUUCCUUCUCUUUUUUGUUGAAGUCGCUCCAAGUCGGAGGUUUUGAGGGAGAGCUUCAGCGGAGAGAGACGGAACUAAGAGGGAGGGUCUGGGAUGCUGCUCCCCCGCGCGCUCCGCUCCUGGCUGUGCGUCCUGAGCUGCGCGUGGCUGCGCGCCGGAGCGGCCUCGCGGCUCAAGUCUCCCGCGCUGCCCAUCCAGUCGGAGAGGGAGCCGCUGCCCUUCAAGGGCUUGUCAGGAUGCUCAUUCGGAGGUCGGUUCUACUCUCUGGCCGACAUGUGGCACCCAGAUCUGGGGGAGCCCUUCGGUGUCAUGCACUGUGUCCAGUGCCUCUGCGAACCUCAAAAGAGUCGCCGCGGCAAAGUGUUCGGGAAGGUCAACUGCAAGAACAUCAAACAGGACUGUCCCGACCCGAACUGUGACGACCCCGUCCUUCUGCCGGGGCACUGCUGUAAAACCUGCCCUAAAGGUGAUGAUGACAAGAAGCAGACCGACUCUGUCCUGGAGAACUUUGAGUACUUCCACGAGAAGGGGAAAGAGAAGGAGGACGACCUCCACAAAUCUUACAACGACAGGUCCUACCUGAGCUCCGAGGACAUGGGCCCCGGGGAGAGCCGCUCUGACUUUGUAGCAUUGUUGACAGGCGGGACAGACUUAUUGAGCUCCAGUGGUGUUGCCAGAGCUCGCUUCUCUCUGACCAGAACCAGCCUGGCCUUCUCCAUCACAUACCAGAGAAUGGUACGUCCCAGCAAAAUAGUCUUCCUGGAUUCAGACGGUACCACUGCUUUUGAGUACAGGGUCCCGAAGGGACAGUCCGACAUGAUCUGUGGAGUGUGGAAGAACCUGGCUAAGCCUCUAAUGCGACAGCUGCAGUCUGAGCAGAUCCGCAUCCGCAUGACCACAUCAACGACUAGAGGAGAAGAAGUGGAGGGAAAGAUCAUCAAACACAGAGCCCUGUUUGCUGAGACGUUCAGCUCGACGCUGACAUCCGAGGAGGAGAAUUCCGGCACGGGAGGCAUCGCCAUGUUGACGCUGAGUGACACAGAGAACAACCUUCACUUCAUCCUCAUUCUGCAAGGCCUGCUCAAACACAAGGACAAAGAGCUCCUGUCGGUGCCCAUCCGUGUCCAGCUUGUGUAUCGCCAACACGUCCUGAGAGAGAUCCGUGCCAACAUCACCUCUCACGAUCCCGAUUUUGCCGAGGUGCUGACGGACCUGAACAGCCGCGAAUUGUUCUGGCUAUCCCGCGGUCAGCUGGAGAUCGCCGUGGCGACAGAGGCUCAGGAUCCCCGGCAAAUCUCGGGCUUCAUCACCGGCAGGAAAUCCUGUGACACUCUUCAGAGUGUGAUGUCCAGUGGUGAUGCACUGACCCCGGGGAAGACGGGAGGCGUGGGAUCCGCUAUCUUCAACCUCUAUGACAACGGCACACUGGACUACCAGGUUCAGGUCGCCGGUCUCACCAGCGACGUGGUCGGCCUCACCAUCGAGCUGAAGCCGCGGCGGCGCAACAAGCGCUCGGUCCUGUACGACCUGACGCCGGAGUACGACAAGGCCACAGGCCAGGCGACGGGCAGCUGGAGUCGCCUGGAGGCGCGGCACAUCCACAUGCUGCUGCAGAACGAGCUGUUCAUCAACGUGGCCACGGCGCACAGCCAGGAGGGGGAGCUGAGGGGGCAGAUAAAGGCCCUGCCCUACAGCGGCCUGGAGGCGCCAAGACAUGAGUUGCCUACCCCUCUGGCCGGCCACUUUGUGUCUCCACCGGUGAGGAGCGGUGCUUCUGGCCACGCCUGGGUGUCGGUGGACAAACAGUGUCACCUGCACUACGAGAUCGUGGUCGCGGGCCUCAGCAGGGCCGACGACCUCACCGUGAGCGCCCACCUCCACGGCCUGGCUGAGAUCGGAGAGAUAGACGACAGCAGCACCCCGCACAAGAGGCUGCUGACGGGCUUCUACGGAUCGCAGGCUCAGGGAGUGUUGAAGGACAUCAGCGUUGAAUUACUGCAGCACCUGGACCAGGGAACGGCCUUCAUCCAAGUCAGCACCAAGCUCAACCCCAGAGGAGAAAUACGAGGAAAGGUCCACGUGCCGAACAACUGUGAGUUCGGGACCCGGGGGGAGGCGGAGGAGGCCGAGUUCGACGACCUGUUCGUGAAGGACCCCGAGGAGCUGAAGAAAGACCCGCACACCUGCUUCUUCGAGAACCAGCACCGCGCCCACGGCUCCCGCUGGACGCCCGGCUACGACAAGUGCUUCUCCUGCAGCUGCCAGAAGCGAACGGUGAUCUGCGAUCCGGUCAUCUGUCCGGUGCUGACCUGCUCCAGAACCAUCCAGCCCGAGGACAAGUGCUGCCCUGUCUGUGACGAGAGGAAGGAGCCCAAGGACAUGAAGGCUCCAGAGAGAGUCGACGAACAUCCUGAAGGUUGUUACUUUGAAGGAGACCAGAAGAUGCAUGCCCCGGGAACCACAUGGCAUCCCUUUGUACCUCCCUUUGGCUACAUCAAAUGCGCUGUCUGCACUUGCAAGGGAUCUACAGGAGAGGUGCACUGCGAGAAGGUGACGUGUCCCGCGUUGACCUGCAGUCACCCCGUCCGACGCAACCCGUCCGACUGCUGCAAAGAGUGUCCGGAGGAGGAGAGGACGCCGGCGGGCCUGGAGCACAGCGACAUGAUGCAGGCGGACGGCCCGCGGCACUGCAAAUUCGGCAAGAGCUAUUACCAGAACAGCGACAACUGGCACCCCUGGGUGCCAGUGGUGGGGGAGAUGAAGUGCAUCAACUGCUGGUGUGACCACGGCGUGACCAAGUGUCAGAGGAAGCAGUGUCCCGUCCUGACCUGCUCCGACAUCACCCGCAGGGACGGCUCCUGCUGCCCCGAAUGUGUUGAUUCCAAAGAGGAGGACGACCUGUCGAUUAAAGCUCCAGACAAAAGACCGACCCGGAGGCACUGAUCUGCGGGGAGACCCUGAGCCCAUUUUUCCUCCCAGACGGACCCACACCCAGAGCCAAACUGGGCCUUCCCUCCCUCCCUCACACCCCACCCUGCUAUCAGCUUCAGGAUUGUAAUGAACAGAAGAAGAGAGGCGGAGAGACGGGAUGAAACAGACUCGGCGAGUGAAUGGAUGACUCUGCGAAAAACCUGCUGCCUUCUGCUUCCCGCCUUCCGUUUUUUUAAAUUUUUUGCUGGAAUUUCUUUUUUGUUUCUUUUUUUGUAUUUUUUUUCCCCCUAAGCAGCUCAACAGGACAAAAGGUGCUGUUGUAGAUAUGAAGUGAGGCGAGUGUAAAUGUUGGUAAGAGAGUGUGAGAGUUGUUUGACGGACAGGGCGGACGGUGGCUCCCAAACGCUCUCACUGGACAUAGUAAGGAGAAGAGUUGCUUGUGGCCUUGCGAGUGUGUGUGUGUGUGUGCGCGUGUGUGGGUGCGCGUGUGUGUGUGUGUGUGUUGCGUGUGUGUGUGCGCGCACAUGUUUUACCAGUAAAGAAUAUGACAAAUCAGCAUUAUAGAUUACAGAUUAUAGUUUACUGGCAGGGGAUGUGGGUCGGUCAGUGUUUGAACCUCCAUCGGUUGUAAGACUGUUUCCACUCGUGUCGGCACCAGGACCGGGCCGAUUCUCGUCGGGAGAGGACUCGGUCUGAAACCGCCCCGGGCCGCUCCACCGCGACACCUUCGUCUCCGCCGCCCCGACGAACUCUGUCGCUUCUCUUCUUUGAUUGUUCCCGGGUUUUUUUCUCUCUCGAAAAUAAGUAAUAUUUUUAUGGAUUUUUUCUAUCGUUGUUGUUUUAUAAAUAUGAAGCUGGUUUGUAUUUUUGUAUUUAUUGAAUGGUGUGGAGACAAAAUAAAAAUAAAAAAGAUUGUUUGUUGGUAGGAAAGAGAGAAUGCCUGUGGGUUUUUGUUCUGGCUGCUGUCACUAACCACCUUCCCCUAAUAACCUCUCCCUUGCAUUUCUAUCUUGGUUUUUCAUCUGGACCCUUUUUUUUGGAUUUGUGUUUUCCACUUUGUUGUUCUCGGUCUCUCUCUUGCCCACAGUCUCCAACAUAUGGACCUGUGAUUACAGGGAGAUGACAGGCGCGAUUGACUCGACCUUUGGUUUCUAGUUUCGGUUUCUCCAUUGUUCUCUCUCUCUCCGACUCUUCACGCCCCUUAUCGAUUCCCUUGAUCUUCUUCCACGCUCCUCUCCUCUCGUCUGUGAUUCUCUCCUCUGUGACUUCAUUUCUCUCUCCUCUGAUCUCUUCUUUUCAAACCACAUUUAGCUUUUUCUUUCUCCUCAGCUCCUUUCUUUUUUUCUUUGAUCCUCCUUUUCCUUCUUUCCCCUUCCAUUUUCGUUAGUAUUUUUCCUUCCUUUUCAUUCCGUUCACCCUUUCCUUUUGCUCCCUUGCCUUGCUCUCCGGUCACCACAUGUGCUCUGCGAUGCUCUGUCCCUGACAUAGUUCUAGUGCAGACAGACUGAAGCAUAAACACACAUUCGCAGAUGUGCACAUGUACAAACCCCUGACAUCAGAAACACACACACAUUGCCACGGGGCGAGCUGAAUUCUUUCCAACACACACACACACAGAGAGAGAGAGAGAGAUGUACUACUUCCCUCUGUUGGUCAAAACCCAGUAAUACACCAAAUGUGAGCAGAGUAAGUGUGUGUGUGUGUGUGUGUGUGUGUGUGUAGACCUUAAUUAAUCUUCUGCACACACUAAAGACCUAUUAAGCAGGGAGAGGGGCAGGGGGGUCUUCAUGGCUGGAUGGCGGAGGUCAAAGGUUAAGCGUUCUAAGCUGCCGCCUGUGAAGAACCAUGAGACAUGUACCAGCUUGAACCCUGCACCUGUACGUUUUCGCCCGCUGCCUCUGUGUGUGUGUGUGUGUGUGUGUGUGUGUGUGUGUCGCCAGCAACUUGAACAGAACCACCUGCUGACCAAUCCAAUAGAGAUGACGGCUGCUGCUCGACGAACAUCCAAACAGCCAAGAACAUUUUUUUUCCGCCCCCUUUUUCCAUUCACUUCACUCUGAACGCUUGUCACAAACUAAGACUCUUGUUAUGAGUUUCUUUUCAUUGCAGAAUGUAUACAAAAUGAUGAAAUAUAUAUAUAUAUGUUGUUUUUAUAUAAAUAUCUGAACAUACCACGCAGGUCUGUUGAAGAGAACACGCUGC